AUGGAUAUAGAGCUCCGCCGGCUUGAAAAGUCCAUGAUUGCUCAAUCCCAGCAACUGACUGCUCCUCAGGGGAAAGCCGACCAUACAGCAAUUAAAGAUAAUCCCCUGUUAUCUCGUACCAUUCAAAAGGGGAAUGAACAGCAGACCUAUUCACGUCGAGUCACACGUUCCUUCCUCAAAAACGAAUCGCUUAAUUUCAUUCCCGCCCACCGGCCAACCGACUCACUCAAUCAAACAGAAAAUAUCACAGAAAGCGAGCUUCCAAGUGAUUGCGUUCUUUUCUACAUCCCUAGCCGUUCAAUCCAAUCCGAUAUCCUUGAUUUCCCUGUGCUGUCUAGCCCUAACCGCUAUUCCUUCGAUCUUGCAGCAAACCUUCUACUUGUCAAGAUGGUUACAAUAAUCCACUCUGACAUUGGUCAGUUUGUUAACCUAGCGCUGACCCGCGUUAUUACUGAGAUGGGUCUUGCAGCCUGCGUUCGCUUUUACGCUGGAGCCACAAUCAGGGAAGAGGGCCUUGGUAAAGAAGGGGACCAAGGGUGGGGCCCUCUUCCACCACCUCAAGGCUUUGCCGAUAAACCUACGGUGACCCUUGAGGUAGGAGUCUCCGAGUCUCAUGUCAAGCUCCUGCGGGACGUUGAGUGGUGGCUGCAUCCAUCCAAAGGCAAUGUCAACACAACAGUCACAAUCAAGGUUGACAGGAAGCGUCCUCAACUUUUGAUUGAUCGGUGGGAGCGUAUCGAUGGAAUGAUCCAGAGCACUCAGCAAAUCGAACUUUCAAGGGUCAAUGGACAAAUUGAAUUGACCAAUGACUCUCUGACAAUUCCCUUUGAAUCUCUUUUCUUGCGGCAACCAACUGGAAAUGAGAACGACAUUAACCUGGAUGGAGAAACCCUUCGGGAACUAGCUGGUAGAACAUGGCGUUUACAGGGGUUCUAA